CCUGGCAUGUGAGCUUCUUUUGAUUUUUACUAAACCUGCUAAAAGAACUAGCUCUUUAUCAAGAAAUGUGAGGCAGGGGUGGUAGGAAUAAAUUGGAACAUUCUUCUUGCAAUAAAAAUGUCUCUGCUACGCCAUCUAGUGGUGGACAGCUUCACUGUUCAUGUACUACAAUGCAGCUACACUAAUGCUCUGGAGAUUUCCUUACAUAACCCAAGAGAAAUAUGUCAUUCAGUGCAGACUUUCUCAACCUACAAGAUUAGAGGUGCACAUGAUCCCUUAUCUUCGGACCUAGAAAGGAGCUUGAGGCUAAAUGAUGGAAGUGUGGAAAUUGAUGAGGUGACGGAGAUGGUGGGAAGGCCAAAGGUGUUAGUGUUGCCCAAAAGGAUACCAUGCGAGUGCCCUGGAGAAAUGUUCAUUAUUUUAAGAGAUGACGUUCCUGGAGAUUCAGUAGUAAUUGAAUUUAUAACGGAAAAUGAAUGGAUCAGGAUUGAACCAGAUUUUUGGAAUCAGAAAGUCAGGUUCAUCAAAGCUCUAGAUUUUCCUGCUGGCUUUGUAAAUGUAAAUAUCUACUGUGGAGGAGACAUUAAAGCCACAAUGCAGAUUGAAUACUAUUCAACAGUGGGAGAGCUUGAGCGGAUGCUUCAGAAAGUGGCUGAUCCAAUUGCAUUUGCCUGUCAGGCUUUCAAGUUUUCAUCAGCCGAGAAAAUGGAUAACAUUCUCACACUCCUGCUGAAAAGUUCAAUCAUUUCUCAUGAUUUUAGCAGUUUUCCAAAUGAAGUCACGGAUCAUGACCAGGAAACUGAUUCUCAGUUAGAGGAACUUCCCACUCUUCUCCAUUGUGCAGCUAAAUUUGGAUUAAAGAAACUUGCUGUACUUCUUCUCCAAGAUCCCAAAGCCAUUCAAACAUGUAGAAUUAUUAACAAGUAUGGAGAAAACCCAGCUCAUGUUGCAAAAAAGUAUGGCCAGAAGGAAAUUUGGAAGGUCCUUAAAGAAUUGCCAAUAAGUGAAGACAAAAACACAAGAGAUGAGAAGGAAAUAAAAACUGAGGAUUACAGUUAUGUCUCUAUGAUGAGCUCAGAUUCUCAUUCUAACGGGCUUGGCAGUCCAAGCAUAGAAGAACCACCUGGAGCCUGUUUGGAAAUCCAGAAGAAGAAAGGGAUGAAUGCUGAUGCAGAACCAAAAGAAUAUAAUGAGGAAGGAAUGGUGGAAAAAGAAGAAGGAAAUAAAUUAGAAAAAAAUGCAUUUCACUUGAGAAAUAGUUGCUACAGCUUGUAUAGUAACAUACUUAGGGAUGUCCCAGAAGCAAAGAGUGAAAACGUCAGCUUCUCAGAGGGACCACCCUUGCCACCUCGAAAUCAAUUACUUGCCAGUAAACAAAGUGAAUCUUUCUACUUGUAUACAGCGUUGAAAAGAGUGGAAGGCCAAGUGGAAAAGAAGGGGACAGAAGGAGAGCCUAAGAUAAAUGAUUAUUCUGAUGAAAUAGAUGAGGAAGAUCCCUACACCUCUGCUGUAGUAAAUGAUGGUGUGUAUGAUGCCAUUAUGGAGAAUGAGUUUCAAGAGCAAAGGAAAGAUGGUGGAUCCUUUAUUAUGCAUCGGCCACCAGCACCUGCCCCACGUCCGUCGUCUGCUGCUGUGAGAGAGGAGAGCACUUCUUACAUAGCUCAAGUCUUUCAGCAAAAGGUGACUAGGACUCAUGCUGGUAAUGAGAAGCUGUUGAAUGCCGUCCGGAAACUAGACAGAAGUUAUGAGGACAAGGUCACAUACACCAUUGUCAAGCCCAAUAUCCCACCAAGGCAGGAAGAAUGCAUCUUGUUCCAACAGCGACUGAAAAAGGGAAACAGUUCCAUGGAUGAAAUGCAGAAACUGGAGCCCUGGCAGAUUCAUACAAAUAGACCGGAAACCACUCAUCAGGUGAUGGAGUAUUUCAAGGAUCAACUCAAUACACAUGGAGAAACUGGACUGUAAUUUCCUUUACAGUAAGGAUUAUCAAACUGUGGUCAAUCAAGUCCUUCAAUCAGUUGGGGAAAAUUGUUAAGAAAAUAGAUGAACUUUGAUAGCACUGGUGUCUUGAUUUAUGUAUAAGAAUUUAUAUGGACAGGUUUUUGUUUAUUCUGACAAGUAUUCAUUCUGACAACUGUUUCAGGAACCUAGAAAACAUCCUGGCAGACUUCUAUAGGGGCUAUUUCCCAAUAAACAGGGAAGAGAAAUUAUUUGGACUUGAUUUUUUUUCAUAGCUAUGUAACCAAUUCUUUUUGUAUUAUUUAUUUAGUGUGAGGUGAUGUUACAAUUAGCCAAGAGACUACAGUGUUAGUACAAUGUAGUGGCUGCUGAUUCCUUUUGUAUCUUAUUGGCACAUUGGAAUGUAAUCCUGUAACAAAAUCCAAAUGAACAAGGAAAUGUAUCUGUUAAGAAAGAAAACCACAAAAUUUUUAUAUUAGAGGAAUAUUUGAGUAAAAAAAUAUUCUAUAGGGAAAAAUUGGUGACAAUAUGCAUCUUACAAAAUGUUUCUGUUAUGCAUAAUAAAAUUUGAACAUUUUAUACUAACCCUUUCUGUCCAAAUUACCAAAGAUAAACUCAGAUUACCAAUCAAGAAAAGAUCACUCAAAUCAAAUCAAAGGAAAUCAUUAUUGCAAUAAUAGAUCAGCAUAAGUAGGGUAAAAACCAAAAAGAAUCUAAGAGAAUUCUUGUGGGUUUACAGGAGCAUAAAAGUUUAGUAUAUGGAAGACCAGCAAGUUUUAGAGUAUUGUAUGUGGUAAACUAAAUACUCAUUAAAUCUAAUUUAUCGCACAAGUUGUCAUUUAAUUAAUUUUGAUUGCUGCUGAACAUUGUAUGUUGUAGCAGCAUUGGUAUCUGAAAGCAGCAGGGUAGUGUAUAUACACAUGCAUACAUAAGUAGACACACACACACACACACAAAU